UGUUUAAAGUUUGGUCUUCAAUAAAAGUUUGUAUUUAUACAGUGUCGACAUGGGAUGUUUCCAAUCAAAACCAAAGCCAACAGAUAACUUCACGACUAUAAGUGGAGAUGGGGAGGUGAAGCCUAAUGGUGUUGAUAACCCUGCUGCCCCCGAACCAGAGCCUGCUGCUCAAGCUGCAGAAAAGGGCACACUCAGAGCGUUAUAUGAUUAUGACGCUAGAGCCGAGGAAGAUUUACCCUUCAAAAAAGGCGACAUACUGAUCCUAUUAGAUGAUAGUAAUCCUGACUGGUGGUAUGCACGAAGAUCUCAGAGUGGGUCAGGUAGAAACGAGGGAUAUGUUCCGUCUAAUUAUGUUGCCAAAGAAGACACAUUAGAAACCUACGAAUGGUAUAUAGGAAAGAUUUCCAGAAAGGAAUCGGAAAGAAUAUUACUUAGUACCGAAAACGGGCUAGGGUCAUACCUCAUUAGAGAGAGCGAAACUGCACCAGGAAAUUUUGUGUUAUGUGUCCGAAGUUUUCAGGAAGGCAAGGGCGAUGUGGUGAAACAUUACAAGAUCAAGCCAUUAGAUGACAAUAAAGGGUUCUUUAUAACUCCACGGAGGACGUUGCCAAAUCUCCAGGAGUUAAUCAAACACUAUUCUGAAACUGCUGAUGGGUUAGGACAAAAACUAGAAAAACCUUGCACAAAGUCAAAACCAGUCAUAGAUCUGAGCAAAGAUGCAUGGGAAAUUGACCGCGAAUCUCUACAACUGUCCAAGAGGUUAGGAGCUGGUCAGUUUGGGGAAGUUUGGAAAGGAAAAUGGAAUAAGACGACGGAUGUGGCAGUGAAAACCCUAAAGCCAGGCACUAUGUCUAUUGAAGCCUUCCUCUUGGAAGCCAAUAUCAUGAAAAAAUGCAAACACGACAAAUUAGUGCGACUUUAUGCCGUGUGUACUGAUAAGGAACCAAUUUACAUCGUUACUGAGCUGAUGUCCAAGGGCAGUUUACUUGAUUACUUGCGUGGGGAUGAAGGAGCAUCACUAAAAUUUACGCAACUAGUGGACAUUGCUGCACAAGUCGCCAGUGGAAUGGCAUAUCUUGAAGAAAACCACUUUCUGCAUAGAGAUUUGGCAGCACGGAAUGUAUUAGUUGGCGACAACAACUUGGCCAAGGUGGCAGAUUUUGGUUUGGCCAGAUUGAUUGAGGAUGAUGAGUACACGCCUAAGUCAGGUGCUAAAUUCCCAAUAAAAUGGACGGCUCCAGAGGCCGCUCUAUAUGGUCGAUACACAAUUAAAUCUGACGUAUGGUCUUAUGGUAUCCUUCUGGUAGAAAUCGUCACGCGAGGACAAACGCCAUACCCAGGAAUGAUGAACAAAGAAGUUUUAGAACAAGUGGACCGUGGAUACCGAAUGCCUAGUCCCGCCCAUUGCCCUGAGUCUAUGUACGAGAUGAUGCUUAAGUGUUGGGACAAAAAAGCAGCAAAUAGACCUACAUUUGAGUACCUGGCUGGAUUUUUCGAUGACUACUUCAUUUCUACUGAGCCUAAUUAUAAGGACGCCGAUGAUUAUUAACCGUGUAAAAUUUAUAAUGUUCAAGUUUUUAUUUAAGGACCUUUUUUUUAAGAAAAAAAAAGACAAAAUAAUUGUUUUCAGCAAGGAAACAACUUACCUCUUGGUUGUUCAUGUGCAUACCACAAGAGAGAGAGAGAGAGAGAGAGAGAGAGAGAGAGAGAGAGAGAGCAAUCUGUAUUUACAUUAAAGCUAGGUUCAUCUGAAUAGAAAUAUUUUUAUCUUAAUGCCACCAUUUAACUGAAUUGGUGAUUAAACUGAUUUUUUCUAAAGUUAAUGAACUAUGUAUUAUAAAUUUUUGAGUCAAGUUUAAUUGCUGGAAUAAAUCAUGCUUCAGAGCAAUAUUGACAAUCUCUGUACAUAUUCCAUUUGUAUUCAAUUAUUUAGAUUGUUAAUAUUUGUUAUUCAGUAAUAUACUUAAUUGUAAAUAAUGACAAUAUUUGUGGAUUUUAGCAUAAAUUGUAAUAUUCAUUUUUUUAGUCAGUUAAUGAAUUUUUAAUAAUUGUA